UCUAUUUUGGGAAACCACGUGACUAAUUUACCUUUAUUAAGAAGCAACAGACGGGCUGUGUGAAGUUUUCGACUGAUCAAUUCUGACUGUGACAUCACCUGACCAGUCGUACAAUGUUUGCCUUGGUGAUCUUGACAGGGCUGCUGAGCACUGUCUUCUCUCAGCUCCAUAAUGAGUGCCAUACCAAUGCACAGUUGCUGAGGGAGGAAGAGGUUGUCGCUUUGGUGGCGGAUCUUCUGGACCGCAACCAGGACAACAUCAUCACCGUUGGAGAGGUUGUAGUGGGGUUUGGUGAAAUCUUAAACUAUCAAUUUCAGACAUCAGAAGCACUGAUACUGCAAAUGAAUCUGCAGCAGUUGGUUGCACUGGCUGCUCAGUACGACCUCUCCAUCGACAAGGAGCACUUCGUGCAGAAGUGGCAUGAGAGGUUCGGCGAUGGACUCGGUUUCGUCAGAGCCACCUUUGAUGCCUACGAUGAGAACAAGGAUGGGAAGCUGAGUAUACUCGAGAUUGAGAACAUCGUCAAGCAUGCUCUGGCCACUUCGGAUAAUGGCGACGGUCUCCUGAGAGCCAGCGAGCUGCGUGCUUACCUGCUGUUUAUCUACAAGAACUGCAGGAGGGAUGAAUAAACAGCGCACAUGUAAUGGAACUUUCUCUCCCAGAUAAAGAUUGUGCCUAUACUUCUCUGGUAUUUGUGUUUGUAUUUGCAAUGUUUUAAACACGGUUUCCGUUAAGGAAAAAAUUAAAUUGCAAAUAAAGAAAUAAGAAACUGA